AUGCGCCUCUCCCUAGCCCUAUCGACAGCAAUGUGGUUGGCAGGCACAAUCGCCAGUCCCACGCCCAAAAGCGACAACAAACUACCACCAACACUCCCAUUAGUGACUCAAAUGGAAGACAGACUCAAGGCGAUAGCGCCGCCUUCCACACAGCUCUCGCGAGACGGCAAGGAUGCCGGCGACUGCGUGGCCCUCGUCUAUGAGAUCACAGACGGGCCCGACGCAGAAAAAGGCGUCAAAGACCUGAUGGUCCAGGUGAAUCUGUACGGGCCGGACGGCAAGCGGUUCCAUACCGUGGCCCAGCCCCAUCGCCAGCUGUGGAAAGACACCUAUACUGUCCACUCCAAGGGCACCCCGAUGAAACAAGACUUUGUUGUCAAUUUCCUGCAGUCCGAGGGUGACGGCGCCUGGGACGGCAAGUCGCCGUCGAAUUACCAAAAGUGGAUUGUUUCGUUUCGGUACGGGACGCAGACCUGGAAGACGAAGCCGCCGCACGAUGAUACCAUGUCUAUUCCGUACUAUGAGACGGAUGGCUGGAAGGAUGUCAAGGGGGUUGAGGCGCCGAUCAUAGGCUUGAUCGAAUGA